AUAUAUGUUGGCGCCAGAUGCAUCUCCGUGCGCCACCCUCAUGAGAUGAAGAUCCAUACGAACCAACGUUUGUGUCCUCUGCCGACGUAUUCGAAUUUUAAGGUGUUAAUUUAGAGAUGUUCUACUAAUCUCCGAGGCCGGAUAAACAGCGUUAUAUCAAUGCAAUAUUGGGUAAAUUCACACUAAGAUUUCUUAAUAAAUAUCAUUCCUUCGAUCUUGCCUACGCAUUCCACUGCUACUUGUUCAGGUUAUAUAUAUAUCAGGAACAUCACUUAAAACAGCAGCUUCAAAGAAACCUGUAAACCAAAGUGAACUGUUGCGAACUCGACAAUCUUUACCCGUGUGGAAACAUAAAGAUGUGUUGAUUGAUACUAUUAUGAAAAGUGAACAUUGUGUUAUUGUUGGGUCAACAGGGUCUGGUAAAACUACCCAGAUUCCUCAGUUUUUAUAUGAAAAGAAUUUAACUAACGGGGGGAUUAUUGCAAUAACUCAGCCUAGGCGUGUCGCUGCUAUAAGUGUUGCACUACGUGUUGCAGAUGAAAUGGACCGUGGUCCUGUUGGCAUCGGACCAGUUGGUUAUAGUGUAAGAUUUGAAGAUAUGUCAAGUGAAAAGUCCACACAUUUAAAAUAUAUGACUGAUGGUAUGCUAUUACGUGAAGCUAUCCUAGAUCCUAAUCUCUCACGUUAUCGUUUUAUUAUUUUGGAUGAAGCUCAUGAACGCAGUUUGAAUACUGAUAUAUUAUUCGGAGUAGUUUUAUCCGCGGCGAAAAGACGUUCAAAACUUCACUCUCUUCAACAAAAUCUUAAUAAUACCCUUCUGCCUAGUAAAUUAAAUGGUAUAAGGAAAGACAUUCAAAAUAAAAAAAAGUUCCUUCCUUUGUUAAAGAUCAUUGUUAUGUCAGCUACAAUCGAUCCAACGCCUUUUUUAAAUUUCCUUGGCCCAGAUCAUACUCAAGUUGUAUACAUAGAAGGUCGACGGCAUCCUAUCAAGAUCCUAAAUGUUUCUCAGUCUUUAACAGAUUAUGUGGCGGAUGCAGCUUCUGUUUGUAUUCGGAUUCACAAUUCAAAGAAUUCUCCUUUAGACCGUGGUAUUUUAAUUUUUCUAACUGGUGAAGAAGAGAUUAUGCGAUGUUGUUCCUUAAUCAAACAAUUAUCUCAUUCAACAAAUAUUGAUCAAAUAGAUUCAACUAAAAACAGACUUGUAGUAUUUCCACUUUUCUCAUCAUUACCUCAGAUCCAACAGUUGAAAGCAUUAAAUUUUUGUGAUAAUAAUGCGCGUAAAGUGAUUGUCAGUACAAAUUUAGCUGAAACAUCCAUCACCAUCCCAGGUGUACGUUAUGUGAUAGAUUGUGGACGCGCAAAAAUAAAAGACUGGGAUCCUAAAACCGGGUUUGAAUGUCUUCGUGUUCAAUGGAUUUCCAAAGGACAAGCAUGGCAGCGUUCAGGUCGUGCUGGACGUGAAGCAGCAGGUGUUUGUCUUCGAUUAUAUACUGAUUCAGAAUAUAAAAAUAUGCCACUUCAACCUAGACCGCAGAUGUUGCAAGCUCCACUUAGUGGAGUUUUACUGAACCUUGUAUCUAUGAAUAUAAAGAAUCCUACCCAAUUUCCAUGGCUAUCUUCGCCUAAACCGUCCUCUAUUGAAGCUGGGAUCAAACUACUUCUUCAGUUAGGUGCUGUUGUAGUGGAUGAUGAUGAAGUAGAACCGUUAUCUUCCAAAUGCGUUCAAGAGGCAAUAACUAGCACGGAUUCAAAUAAAUUAAAUGAUUCUGUAAAAAUUCCCUACCCACUCUCUCUAACAGUUCUUGGACGACUUAUGUCAGCUUUCCCAUUGGAGCCAAGAUUUUCCAGAACAUUGAUUUCUGCCGCUUAUUUGGGUUGUCUAAUCGAAAUACUAAGUAUUAUAAGUAUGCUUUAUGUUUGUCCUGUGUUUUAUGUGCCAGUUGAAAAACGUAAUGAAUUUUCAGAUGUUCAGUCUCGGUUUCGUCAUCCAUCUGGUGACCUCGUCAGCCUCCUUUUAGUUUAUCGUGGAUUUAUUAAAGCUACUAAAGAUGCUCGUUCAGCGAAAUCGGUCAAUUCGAAAAAUCAUUCUCAAUCAAAUAUAGAUUCUUCUACACAGUCUCCGUCAAAAUGUAAAUUGUCCAAGCGUAAUUCAAAGCUUCAAUGGUGUCGUGCUAAUUUUAUAAACAGAUCUCGUCUAGAAACAGCUGUACGUGUACGUGGUCAACUAAAACAGAUUACCCAAAGUACAGGAUUGACUAAUUAUAUGCAUUCUUGUGGAACAAAUGUAGAAAAAAUUGUGCAAGCCUUUCUUUUAUCAGGUUUUCAAGACCAGGUUGUAAUUCUUUCUGAAUUGUCAAAAAUGUACAAAGGUGAUACUCAACGAUUAAUUAAAAAUUCUCGGCAUCCCGUAUAUGUACAAAGUAAAACCAUCAAUUUGUCAACAAAUUCACCUCAGGAAUUGUUGAUUCAUCCAGAAUCACAAUUAUACACAUCUUCAUUAAAUAAUCCACCUCCAUGUUUACUGUUCAUUGAAGCGGUGACAAGUAGUGAAUACAAAUUUCAAUGUAACAAUGCAAUUGAACAAAAUGAUCGUGUAUUUAUGCGACAUGUCUCAAUAAUUGAUCAGUCAUGGUUAUCACUUACAGAAAAUAUACCAAAAUCAAUAUUGGUCAAUUGUUCGUCAAAUCAAACAAAUAGAAAUUUCCCAUUAAAAAUGAAAAUAACUUCAUCUGACUUUGAACAGCCGCCUUCUAACAAAAAACGUCGAAUCAUUCAUAAUAAUGAUGAUAAUAAUGUUAAUGGCAAUAAUACUAAUAAUAAAUUACCACUGUUACAACCGACUUUAAAGUAUAUAGCUCCCAAUAAUAGUAAUGAUAACAAUAGUAGUACAAAUAUUCAUAUGAACAAUAAUUCAUUAACAAAUUGUAAUGGAUUAAUAAGAUCUGAGCAUAUGCAUACACAAUUAAGUCGUAACCAAAAACGGCGCCUUGCCAAACGUCGAAAACGAUGUUUAACUCUUCCACUUGUAAAUAAUGAUAAUAAUACAAACUAAUAGUGGUUGCAUAUGUAUUUUUAUGUAUAUGUGAUUGUUCAAUAUUCUUUCAUUUUCUUCUCUUCUUUCAGAUUCUUUUGUAUAUUUAUCUAUGGUGUUGUUUUUUUUUAAUUUACUUUUUCUCUUUACAUAUUUAUGCAUUCAAGAUGAUCUAUCAAAAAUUCAAUGAUUUUGUUUAACAUAUUCAUAGAUUAGAACAAAAUUAUUGAGUCAUACUGCACAUAUUAUGCACCGAGUUCGUUUAUAUUUUCUUAUCACAGGUUUUUUUUAUACAAUAACUAAAUCAGAUUUUUCCACCAGU